GGAUAUCUUGAAGAUCCUUACAAUUCUCAUUGUUCUGAAGAAUCUGAGUACGGUGAGUUUUAAUACUUUCAACACUACUAUAUAACAAAUAAUUUGAGGAUGAUGGCUAAUCCUCAGGUGGUACCCCCCACCAAUGGUUUGUCCAUUGUCAAGGCGGAGAUGACGCUCGUAGUGGCUGCCAUCAGGGCCUCCAGCAGAUGGGCGGCACAUACUUACCACGAGGAAUGUCAGAAUACAUUGCUGAAGAGUUUUCACGAUCUGAAGGAGCAUCUGGCACCUAUCCAAUAUCUGGAGGAAGUGGACAGUGUAACCUUCCUGGCGCCAUUCCUGGAAGUUAUACGGAGCGAAAACACUACUGGGCCCAUCACUGGGGUGGCUCUUAGUUCCAUCAACAAGAUACUAUCUUAUAACUUGCUAGACGUGUCGCACCCUAACUGUGUGACAGGCAUUGAAGCAAUAGCAGACGCUGUGACUCACGCUAGGUUCGUGGGAACGGACCCCGCUAGUGACGAGGUCGUUCUUAUGAAAAUACUUCAGGUCUUGCGGACAUUGAUGUUGACUCCAAUUGGUGCUAUGCUAAGCAACGAAGCGGUGUGUGAAGUCAUGCAAAGCUGCUUCAGAAUAUGCUUUGAAAUGAGGCUAUCAGAAUUGUUACGCAAAACAGCAGAACACACUCUAGUGGAAAUGGUCAGACUUCUCUUCGUGAGGUUACCUGGUUUUGAGGAUGACGACACAAUUCUCGGAGUUUCCAGCUCAAUCCGCAAAGCUCUGAAACGUGGUCUUCACGUGGCGGACACAAAACGAGUAAAGCGAAAACCACGAACCGGAACGAGGAAGACCAAAUUACGAUCAGAGAAGUCGAAUAAAGGAGAUCAGGGGGAAGGAAAGGAAGAUGGAAAUAAAGAGGUGGUAGCUGAGUGUACAACACCGACUGGAGACCGGCCAGUCUCCCCUAAAGGCAGCCCUACCUCCCUCGCCCCUCCCGCCACCACACCAGCCCCUCCAGUGCAAAGUGAGUCGAAUGUGCCUCUUGACGCCUCUUCCACGACAGGUCCCACUGACGCCUCGUGCGACGCGACCACUCCUCCCGUUGUCUUAACAAUGAGUGACGUCACCGGAGAAACUGCAAGUACGGUAGACGACGGAGUCUCAGUGAUUGAUGACGCUACAUCUCAGGUUGAUAGCCUGGCGGAGCAGGACACUAUCGGAAACGUGCUGGUAGACUCUAAAUCAGUCAAAGGAGAGGAGUCAGUUCAGGAAGAGAACUUCACCAACUCCCGCGGAGUAAAAUUCCUGCAGUCAGACGAGGAGGAGAACGAUCCUUCACCUCCCUACGGUCUGGCUUGUAUCAGGGAACUGUUCAGCUUCCUCGCGUGCAUCAUCAACCCUGCUGACUCGCAUAACAGCAGUGAGAUGAUAUCGAUUGGGUUAAGUCUCCUAACAGUUGCAGUUGAGACCAGUGGAUCAACCUUAGCUAAAUACCAAUCCUUACUGAAGCUGUGCCAAAACGAAGUUUCCAGGGCCCUUUAUAGGCUGGUCCAGGGUGACUCGCUCAGCAAGAUGGUACAAGCGUUACGUAUCUGUAACUACAUUGUGGAGAACCUUCGAGUGAACAUGAAGCUACAGGUGGAGAAAUACUUCACUAUUCUCAUGGAGAUCGUGGUGGCUGAUCCUAGCAAAGGAAUUUACGAGCGGAGAGAGUUGGCAUUGGAUGCCCUUGUGCACCUCUGCAGACUACCAGGCCUCAUCCCGGAACUUUACCUGAACUACGAUUGUCAUAACUACUGUGCUAAUCUUUACGAGGACCUCACUAAAGCUCUCAGCAAGAACGCCUUCCCUGUUUCAGGUCUGCACAUAACUCACCUGCUAUCAUUGGAUGCGCUCCUAGCAGUGGUUAACGUUAUUGCUCUUCAGUGCCAAGAGGACGAGUUGUGUGGAAGUACAGUACCGGAGGGAAGUGACCUACCCUCAUUUGACGAGCUGAUGAAGAGGAAGGAGUUUAAGAACAAACUCCUUACUGGCAGCAACAAAUUCAACCAGAACCCUUCCGAUGGGAUCAAGUACCUUGUACAGGAAGGUAUCCUAAAGAGCACUGAACCAGCAGAACUAGCUCACUUCCUCUUCACCAACAUUCACCUGGAAAAGAUACAGAUCGGAGAGUUCCUGGGGAAGAAGAAGAACGAGCAUUACCUACAGAAAUUCGUACAGUCAUUUGAUUUCCGGAAUGUGAAGAUACACGAAGCUCUCCGAAUAUUUCUGGAAACUUUCAGACUUCCGGGAGAAGCCCAGAUUAUUGAGAGGAUCAUGAACUUUUUCUCGGAUCAUUGGAUUGAUACAGCAGGAACGCAAUAUACCAGCGGUUUUGCAAACGUGGACUCAGCCUUUAUCCUCUCCUACGCUAUCAUUAUCCUCAAUGUAGACCAGCACAAUCAGAACACGUCGAUAAAGAAGAUGGACACAGAAGCAUUCAUCAGAAACCAGCGAGGUCUCAAUAACGACAUGGACUUCCCCCCGGAGAUGCUGGCUGAGAUCUUUAAAUCUAUCAGUGAAAACGAGAUAAAGAUGCCGGAUGAACACAAGGGAGAGCUGAGAGAGUCGUACAGGUGGAAGGUAAUGUUAAGAAGAGACGAGGAUGCGGUGUACUAUCCUUGCGGUAAAACCUCGCUCUACAAUAAGACUCUGUUCGCUCUGAUCUGGGGUCCUACCGUGGCUGCACUCUCGUUUGUGUUUGACACAGCACUAGAUGACGAUGUGACGGGUAAAGCUAUCAGUGGUUUCCACAAGUGUGCCUCAGUAUCAGCUCACUAUGGUCUUUCUGAUGUCUUUGAUAACCUCAUUAUUUCUCUCUGCAAGUUCACUGGGCUCCUUGCUACUGGAGAGACCCCUGAAGCAAUGACGGUACAUUUUGGAAGCAACACCAAGUCCCGCCUGACAGCCCGGACCAUGUUCCAGCUGGCUCACACUCACGGAGACAUCCUAAGAGAGGGCUGGAAGAAUAUUCUGGAGUGUAUUCUACAGUUGUACAAAGCUAACCUUAUGCCUAGCUCCAUGUAUCAGGCGUUUGACUUUGUACAAGGACACGUACAGAUCCAAGUAGAGGAAAGGCAGCCAGCAAAACCGGAUCAGGGUCUCUUCUCCUCUAUCUUUUCUCUUCUUAACGCUGAGAGCUCGGGACGGGGACCCACCACCCAGGAACUGGAGGCUCAGAGACAAGCGAAGGCGUGUGUACAAGAGUGUCACCCACAAAAGCUGUUCACGGACAGCAAAUACUUGAGAGAAGAGAGUUUGACUGAGCUGGUUCAGUGGUUGAUCCAGCUCUCCUCUGGACCUCAUGCUCACGCUAAGAAUAAGACAGAGUACUCAGAGUACUCCAGUGCUGUCUUCAUUGAGCUGUUGGCGACAGUAAUCCUAGAAAACAGAGACAGGUUGGGGAGACUGUGGGUGCCAGUUCACACUCACCUCAACUCUCUAAUCAGUCCUGCUAAUUCCAACUCUUUCCUUGUGGAGCGGGCUAUCGUCACUCUUCUCAGACUAGCGGUGAGAAUGGUUGGCAGAGAAAGCUACUCAUGCGAAGUCCUACACUCCGCUAUCAUGCUACUUCUCCUCAAACCAAGUGUAGGUCAGAAGAACAGCACCAGCAUCUGCUACGGUCUCUUCGAGCUGAUCCGUGCAUCCAUCGGUUCAGACAUUUCAUUCGAGAACUGGAGGAUAAUAUUUGCCUUGUUGGAGAUGGCAGGGGCGGGAACUAAGCCCCCUACAGUCGUGGUGAGGGUAGUAGAGCCAGUCACCGAGUCGGAGACUACCCUUGUUGAGGAGAGUACUGCUGCUGCUGCUGCUGAGCCGACAGAAGAGACAGAACAAGAUACCACUGCAGCUGAGGAGGUGGUUGCAGGUGGAGAGGAGGCAGACUCUGGUAGAGGAUCUCCAACAACAUGGUUAGGAGUAGAUGACGAGGUUCGAUUACCUACAUCAUUACACAGUGUUCCACCUCCAGCUGAUAUAUCCCAGUGGGCGAUAGAAUACAUGGACGAAGAGAAGAGCAGUAAUCAGCUGGAACUGGGACUCCACAACUCUUUCUUCGCUCACAAACCCAGCGCUUUGGGUAAAGCAUGUGAGGCGCUUUCUCUCGUUAUCAGAGACAGCUCAAUCGUCAGGUCAGAUAACUUCAGUCUGUGUGUCCACGCAGUCAGGGUGUUUGCUGAAGCAUACAGUUCAUCUUGUAAGGAUCAGGACGACAAGGAGCAUAUUACAGGAUUGAUACAGCUGUUGGACCUGAUGCACACUCUGCAUACCAGAGCUCUGAGUAUCUUCAAGCCUCCUAAUGUCGAGGGACAGAGGGUUCCUCUGAACGAUUCUUCAAUGCAGCCUAUCGUCGGGGAGGUUUGGGUGAGGUGCUGGUGUCCGUUGUUACAGGGUAUUGCUCGAGUUUGCUGUGAUCCACGUAAAGACGUCCGCCAGGCUGGUCUGACUUACCUGCAACGUGCACUUUUAGCACACGACCUGCGGGCUCUCGCUGCUGUAGAGUGGGAGGCUUGCUUCAGACAAGUUAUUUUCCCUCUUUUAGCCAGGUUGCUAGAACCGGUAACUGCGGACGUGAGUUCUCUUGAGGAGACGCGAAUGCGAGCUGCUACUCUUCUUUGCAAGGCGUUUCUACAGCAUCUCAGUCCACUACUGUCUCUUCCUGGAUUUACAGAUUUGUGGCUGGACAUAUUGGACUUCAUGGACAAGUACAUUCACAGCGGCAACUCUGAUCUUUUGGGUGAAGCAAUACCAGAGAAUCUGAAGAACAUGCUGUUGGUGAUGAGCAAUGCAGCGGUAUUCGACGUAGAUAACAACUACAUGAUGGAACGAAACCGGCUAAACAACGAGCAGCACGUUUCCCAGAUACAAGGAAAUGAGCGGACACUCUGGCUAACAACUUGGGAGCGUAUUGAUAAAUUCCUUCCCGCGCUCAAGACUGAACUCUUCCCGACACCACCCCAGCAAACUCAGAUCGAACCAGCUGUUAACGCGUCGGCUGGUCAAGAACCGGAUAUGAUGAAGAAAAAUACAAAGUCAGAACAGAAAAACGCAGAUUUAAACUCCAGAACUGUGAUCUCGGAGACAGAAAAUCAGCUUAACGCGCCACCUCCAGCCACCACUCAGCCAGGUUCUACCACAGUAACCAUCGAAGAUCAGCCGCCUCUUCCACCGCUAGCUAAAUUCGCGCCUCUUCCCCAGUCCGCUAACGAAGCAGCAGCUGUUUCAUCCCCCACCAACAUUGCACCGCCUCCCCUCCCCGUGACAAGUGUGGCUUUGCCACCGCUACCCAGUGAUCUUCAAAACCUUAUGUCGUCCAUCCCUCAACUGGUUCCCGGUAAAGCUAUUAGACCAGUCGAGGUACAGACUCAAAGUCCAUCUGUGACUCGUUCCAGUGGAGCACCUGUCAACCUCCAACCCUUGUCUUCAUACCUCACCAAAUAGAUUGUAGAUGAUAUUAUAAUGAAUCGUUUUGAAAACAUUAAGUUAUGAAAAUGAGAUAUUGUCUAUUGAAGAUAUAGACUAUUAUAGUCUAUAUCUUCAAUAGACAGGGACCGUGCAGGAAUUAUUAAUUAUCAAGAUAUGUCCUGAAUUUUUGAUGUUUAGUUUUUUUUGCAAUGAAAUUUGACUAAAUUUUGUGUAUAGAAUUUUAAUAAAUGGGAAACAUUGUUCAUUUGGCGCACUAAUGAUAAACUCCGUUGAAUUUGAUUCAUAUAUAAAUUACAACAUAUAAUAACUCUGAACUGUUUUCAAAACGCGUGAGAAUUUAGUUCGAAUUCCGUGAUAAAUUCUCACGCGUUUUGAAAACAGUUCAGAGUUGUUUUUUUUUAAAUAAAAAACUCUGAACUGUUUUCAAAACGCGUGAGAAUUUAUCACGGAAUUCGAAAUUGAAUACGUUCAAUGUUCAUUAAAGUCCAGCGUUUCGGUUUACUUUUCGAAUAAUUUGCCAUUUAGUGCGUUCAAAGCAGCUCUGUAAGUGUAAGUUUUGCUUGCAUAUUUUAGAAUUUACUGGCUAAAUCACCAAAUCUGUGACAUAGAAUGUAGAAUUUUCCGACUUAUCUGUGUUACUGCUUUACUGUUAUCGCGAUGUGUGCAUUGAAUUUGAUUGUAUAGAUGAGCUGCUUCUAUCAAAAUUCC